AUGUCAGCAGCUCGGAGACCAGCAUGGAGAGCUUGGGCCCGUGUGUAUGUCACCGGAGCAUGCAUCAUAGGCACCGGUGUCCUUCUAUUCAAGUACACAGUGCCAACGGAUGAGGAGCUCAUUUCCAGAUUCUCGCCGGAAAUCAGGGCCGAUUAUGAACGCAACAAGAAGUUGCGACAGCAAGAACAGCAGGAGUUGAUGAAAAUUGUAAAAGAGACAUACAAAUCGAGUGACCCUAUUUGGAAAGCUGGACCAAUAAAAUCUCCUUUUGAAAAAGAUGGCCGUGGAGUUGACCCCCAUUUGGUGGACAAGACCCUGUUCUUCAAGAACGAGGAAGACAAUAAAAGAAAAGCUGAGAUUGAAAAGGCAAAUGCUGAGCUCGAAGAGACAGAAACACUUCUAAAGUCUUCCAAGAAGAGCUGGUGGAAGUUCUGGUGA